CUUUAAAAAAUAACUUUAUAGCUCCAGCUUGGCCGAGUAACACGGGUGCAGAAACACAGGAAGAUACUGCGAGCAGCAAAGAACCUGGAGCCGGACACACUCAUUAUUGAAUACCGGGGAAAGGUCAUGCUCAAACAACAAUUUGAAGUCAAUGGGCACUUCUUCAAAAAACCAUACCCUUUCGUGCUGUUCUACUCAAAAUUUAACGAUGUAGAGAUGUGCGUUGAUGCCAGGACUUUCGGAAAUGACGCCCGCUUCAUCAGGAGGUCUUGUACACCCAAUGCCGAGGUCCGGCAUAUGAUCGCUGAGGGCAUGAUCCAUCUGUGCAUCUAUGCUGUCAGGCAAAUCACAAAAGACGCUGAGGUCACCAUUGGAUUUGACUACGAGUUCAAUAGCUGUAAUUACAAAGUGGACUGUGCCUGCCAUAAAAGCAACCAAAACUGCCCAGUGCAGAAGCACAACCUGAGCCCUAGGGAUAACUUGGUGAGUCCCCCUUCCCUGCCGCCUCCUUCCCCUUUGAUUGGUGCCGAGACACGAAGGAGAAAAGCCCGAAGGAAAGAGCUGGAGGGCAGUCGAGCUGCUGAUGGAAACCAGAUGCUGGAGCAGCAGCAACAGGACACCAGCGAUCUACAGGGGACCAGUGACACAGAGGUGUGUGUGUGCGCACAGGUGCGCGUGGUUAGAUUUGAUUUUCCAAAUAAUCGUGUUCAGCGUCGAGGUUGGGCAGCAAUAAGAGUUCUACAUUAG